GCGACAAGUCCCGAAAGUACUCGAAUUAUCCUCUGCUUCCUAUUAAUGCCCAACAGGUCCCCGAUUUCCACAUCGAACCUGGACAGCUUUCUUGGCAUCCAAACAGAACUCUAGACCCUCUCCUUCGAAAUUCCACACCAAAAUCAUCAUCGUGUCUUGAAAACCAGACAAUGUCGCUGAUCCCAAGCUUCUUCGGAAACCGACGAGGAAACAGCAUCUCGUCCGAUCCAUUUGGUCUCGACGUGUGGGACCCCUUCCGAGACAUUCCGUUCCCCGAGCUCUCCCGCGAGAACUCGGCGUUCGUGACCACUCGCGUGGACUGGAAGGAGACUCCGGAGGCGCACGUGUUCAAGGCGGACCUGCCGGGGCUGAAGAAGGAGGAGGUGAAGGUAGAGGUCGAGGACGACAGGGUUCUGCAGAUCAGCGGGAAGAGGAACGUCGAGAAGGAGGAGAAGAACGACAAGUGGCACCGCGUGGAGAGGAGCAGCGGGGAGUUCCUGCGCCGGUUUAGGCUGCCGGAAAACGCGAAGAUGGAUCAGGUCAAGGCGGCGAUGGAGAACGGCGUUUUGACUGUUACUGUUCCCAAAGAGGAGGUGAAGAAGCCUAAUGUCAAGGCCAUUGAGAUUUCUGGUUGACAUUUACUGAAUUAGCUUCUGGAACUUCUACUGGAGUAUAAUGUUUUGUUUGCCAGUCCAUGUCUAUGCUAAUAAGUAAUAAUAUGCGUUUUUUCCGUAUA